AUGACUGGGAAACAUCGACGAAAACUCGCCAACGAGAAAAAACACAAGCUACAAAUCCACUACGAUAGAAAAUCUACUGCAAAGAACUUACCUCACCAAAAUCAAACUGGAAGAAGCCGUAUCUGUCAACGAAGAAUACUAGCACAAAAUUGGGCUAAUGCACUUGUUCAACAAAUAGGAUUGCUUAUAAACGUCCUAAUGGCAGCUGGCUAG